GCAGCUUCCGGCAGCGUGACCUGAGCGCGGGAGGCCAAUGGAGUGCGGGAGCUGAAAGAGUCUUCGCAGACGGCCGGUAACUGGCGGCGGUUGGGAAUAGCCGAGGACAGUGUUAGGAACCUCGGAAGCACAGCCAACAUGUGUGACAUUGAAGAAGCCACUAACCAACUCCUAGAUGUGAACCUUCAUGAGAACCAGAGGUCUGUACGACUGACAGAAAGUGACCUCACAAGUGAAUCUGAGCUUCUAGUCACUAUUGGAGCCACUGUACCUACUGGAUUUGAACAAACAGCUGCAGAUGAAGUGAGAGAGAAACUUGGUUCACCAUGCAAAAUCAGCAGAGACCGCGGCAAGAUAUAUUUUGUCAUUUCACUGGAAAGUCUGGCACAGGUUCAUUGUCUGAGAUCAGUUGAUAACUUAUUUGUGGUGGUUCAGGAGUUCCAAAAUUACCAGUUCAAAAAAACAAAGGAAGAAGUUCUAAAGGAUUUUGAAGACUUGGCUGGAAAACUUCCGUGGUCAAACCCCUUAAAAGUGUGGAAAAUUAAUGACAGUUUUAAAAAGAAAAAAGCAAAGCGCAAAAAGAUAAAUCAGAAUUCAAGUAAAGGGAAGAUUAAUAAUGGACAAGAAGUCAAAAUCGAUCAGAGAAAUGAUAAAAAAGACUUCACUAGCCAUGCUUUAGAUUCCCAUAUCUUAGAUUAUUAUGAAAAUCCAGCCAUCAGAGAGGAGGUAUCAACAUUAGUAGGUGAUGAUUUGGCAUCUUGCAAAGAUGAGACUGAUGAAAGCUCAAAAGAAGAAACAGAACCUCAAGUGCUAAAGUUUAGAGUCACAUGCAACAGGGCAGGAGAGAAACAUUGCUUUACCUCAAAUGAGGCUGCAAGAGAUUUUGGGGGUGCUGUUCAAGAUUAUUUUAAGUGGAAGGCCGACAUGACCAACUUUGAUGUGGAGGUUCUUUUGAACAUCCAUGAUAAUGAAGUCAUUGUGGGGAUUGCAUUGACUGAAGAGAGUCUCCAUCGAAGAAAUAUCACACAUUUUGGACCUACAACUCUUAGAUCAACUCUUGCCUAUGGGAUGCUCAGGCUCUGUGAUCCUCUUCCUUAUGAUAUAAUAGUCGAUCCAAUGUGUGGAACAGGGGCAAUACCAAUAGAGGGGGCUACUGAAUGGUCUGACUGUUUCCACAUUGCUGGUGAUAAUAACCCACUGGCUGUGAAUAGGGCAGCAAAUAACAUCGCAUCUUUAUUAACCAAGAGCCAAAUUAAAGAAGGUAAACCAUCCUGGGGCUUACCCAUAGAUGCUGUUCAAUGGGAUAUCUGCAACCUGCCAUUGAGAACUGGCUCUGUGGAUAUUAUUGUAACAGAUUUGCCAUUUGGAAAAAGGGUAGGAUCCAAGAAGAGAAACUGGAACCUUUAUCCGGCUUGCCUACGGGAGAUGAGCCGUGUCUGCACACCUACCACAGGCCGAGCUGUACUGCUUACUCAAGACACAAAGUGCUUUACCAAGGCAUUAUCUGGAAUGCGACAUGUAUGGCGAAAGGUGGAUACAGUCUGGGUGAACGUUGGUGGUCUUCGUGCUGCAGUUUAUGUUCUGUUACGUACACCUGAAGCUUUUGUUCAUCCUUCAGAACAAGAUGGAGAAAGAGGAACUCUUUGGUAAUGCAAAGAAUGAAGAUGACUAAUAGUACUUGUACUUCCCACCACUGGAAAUGUUAGCAUAAAGAACUCGGAGAGAAAAAUAGUAUUAACAAAAGUGCAGUCUGCACUCUUUAAACCUGUUCAAGGCUCUUCGUCCUGGUUAGCGAAAGGUGUGAAUGUAAUGUGAUGGAAUUGAAAAGUUUUACGUGGCCA